UCCCCAAAGUUAUGGAGGUCUUCUGUGCAUGGUCAGGCUGCUCUGAGACACAAGCCUAUCCAGAGAACUUGAGGAUUCAUAAAGUCUACAGAGUCGUCUAUAAAAAUCUGUUGGAGGAGUUUGGCUCGGAGAAAAUCCUCCAACAGGCCGUGUCGACUCAGGACUCUUCAUUUGAUAGGAUUCUUGUCAAGUCUUUGAGUGAAGCGCUUCUCCACAGAUGUAAUGAGGCAUUGAGGGCAGCCUCAAAAACAUCAGUCAAAACCACCGGGCCUAAGGCUUUUCCACUGGCUGAGGAUGUGAGGGCUAGCAGCGGGAAACUAUCUUUUCUACAAAGGCUGGUCAGGCUGACAAGCAACUUAAAGCUAUUCAAGAAGGGGAACAAGAAGGAUUCCCACCGCUCUGAAUCAGAACAAGUACAGACCACUGCUGAAGAUGGCAUGCUGCCCAGCAUAGUGCCACAUGCUGCCAUGUCUGCACUGCCAAAGGAUCUCCCCGCCAGCUCCCAACAGGAGACGCCUCACAAACGUCCACUUCUCGUCAGGAUGUUUUCUGCCAUCUCCAAAGGCCUGUUCAAGCCCUUCAAACAGUCCUUAAAGACCAAGUAACUUCAGACAAUUUAUUAAACGUCAUUCAUUGCAUUAAA